AUGCUCCGUUUGGAUGCGGGCCAAAUGCCACAGGUCAACCUGCAGGCCUUGGCGGAACUCUUUUCGGUGCAUUCCCAAACAGCAGAUCCCUCCCAAUUGUCGCCCAUCCCUCGGCCUGACGUUAUCCUUCCUAACAAGGACCCGACCGAUGGAGAAAAGAAUUCUGAUCGAGUCCAGCUAAUCCCCUCGCAGAAACGACGCCAUGGUGGUUUCGGGUUUGUGGCCAUGAUGAAUGGAUACGUCUACCAUUGUGAUUACCAACGAGAGGGGUCGGCGGGGGCUCGGGUUUAUUGGAAAUGCACUCAGAGAGGAGGAUGUGGAGCGAGGCUGAUCACAGACAAACUAGGGUUGGUGCUGAAUGCCAGGAAUAACUUCCACAGUCAUCCGCCCGUCGAGGAAGUCCCGGAAAACGGAAUCAGGAAGAUGGAAGAGAAGGAUGAGGUGAGCAGGGAGAGGAACAAGGGGAACGGCUCUUUUCUUAUCUUAUUCAUUGCAAAACAAAUCAUAUAACACAAUCUAUUUUCAGAAUUCGGCCGUUGGCAGUAGGAAACAGAAUUUUAACGCAAACUUGGCCUUUGUAAAGGAGAUCCACAAGAGGAAACACGUUUUGUUUGGGACUCCUGAACAUGCACAACAUGGAGAUGUUAGCCAGAACAGAGAAAAGGCGUGGGAGGAGAUCCGAGAGACUGUAGUACAACAAGGGCACACCAAAUUUUUGGGUAAAGAUUGGCGACAACUAAGAGCAAAUGAAUGGCAGCAAGUACGAAGAGCUACGAUGGCCAAGAAAUAUGUAAAUGAGAUGUCUGGUUCAAAGGGAGGGAAUCUGAACGAGUUGGAUCAAUUGGUGUUGGAGAUUGUGGGACAGGAAAAUGGGAAUGAAGGCAUCGAACAGGAGAACAGCAGUAAUGGGAUCUUCGGGAAUACGGAGGUAUGUAAUAUCAUUCAAAUUGCUUACGGUCUUGUAAUAACCCUGUUUAGGAGCCAUUACAGUUGCCUCACAUCCACAACUCAAUGCCGAGUAAUGACCUUCUGUCCACGAUCUUGUCCCAGUUCGAUCCCAGUGCCCUUCAACAGCUGACGCAGAGUCAGACGCCGACUCUUUCGCCCGACGAGGAAUCGAAUAAAAAAUUGAAAUUAGAAGAAAAUUCGGAUGCUUUCCGAUGCUCCCCGAGUAGCUCCUUUGACGAUGUUGUCGAUCAGAGUGACGUUAAUUUUGAGGUAAUUUUUAGUCACCGUUUUUAUAAAAAUUUUACUCGUCACUUUUUUUAACGUUUUAUUAAUUUCACAAAUUAUUUUUUUGCCAGAAAGUUAGUCUUUCCAGGAUCUCCGACUUCGAUUUACACGUGAGAAAUAUCGAUUAAGUAUUGCACAAGAGAAGGCGAAGCUGGAUCUUCUCCAAACACAACUCAACAACGAAUUACAACUCCAUGAAAUACGGCUUCAGAGUGAGAAGGCCAGACUCAAAUACGAGGAAAUGAGACUUAAACGGGAAGAGGCGUUGAAUCUUUGA